UGUCUCACACACUCUUUUGUUAGCCAUGCCUAGCCUGCUGGUUCUAGCAGGGAUCAUGGAGAAAAACGGGGGCUUCGGCGGGGAUCUGGCCGCCUCCGGGUUCGGAAGCGAAGGUCUCCUGGUGCCGCCCGACGAGGACGAGGACGACUCCCGUGCCCUCAGGGUCGCGCUGGGCCAGCUGUCUCUGCUGGGUCUCGGGGAAGGCGAGGACGGCGGCGGCGGCGGCGGCGGAGCCCCGACAACAGGAGUACAGGACCGGAGUAACAACAACAACAACCACAACCACCACCAGCAGCAGCAGCAGCAGCAGCAGCAGCUCCACAACCACAGCAACAGCGGCGGCGGGGACACGGCUCUACUGCAGGGGAAGAGCAAGUUGUGCGCCCUGUACGAGAGCUCCUCAAGUGAGAGCAAAGGACGAGGCUGCAACAUAACUGAAUGUGUCCCAGUGCCCAGCUCUGAACAUGUGGCCGAGAUAGUGGGCAGACAAGGUUGCAAGAUCAAAGCCCUGAGGGCCAAGACCAACACCUACAUCAAAACCCCAGUUCGAGGAGAGGAGCCCGUCUUCUUAAUCACCGGCCGGAAGGAGGAUGUCGCACUGGCCCGUCGUGAAAUCAUCUCUGCUGCAGAGCACUUCUCCAUGCUGCGGGCGUCCCGCAACAAGCUGGGCGUGUCCUUCAGCGGCUCCCCGCCCACACCUCUGCCCGGUCAGACCACCAUCCAGGUGAGAGUGCCAUACCGUGUCGUGGGGCUGGUUGUGGGGCCCAAAGGCUCCACCAUUAAACGCAUCCAGCAGCAGACGUGCACGUACAUCGUCACGCCCAGUCGAGACCGCGACCCCGUCUUUGAAAUCACGGGGUCACCGAGCAACGCUGAGCGCGCACGAGAGGAGAUCGAGGCGCACAUUGCCUUCAGAACAGGAGGCCUGCAUGACCACAACAACGAGAACGACUGCAUGGGGCCAAACGGUGGAAGCAGCCCAGUGGGCAGCAGCGGUGGUCUGGAGAGCCGGCUACAACAGGUGUGGGGGCUGCAGGGGGGCCAGCGCAAGCCGCUCACCAGCAGCUACCGCCAGAACUUUUCAGAUGCCAUGGUGGGAGGGGGAGGUGGAGGAGAGGGAGGGGGGAUCUACAACAAGAGCAACUUCUCCAGCUCUGGAGACAAGCCUUGCUCUUAUUUUGGAUCAGAGGGCACCCAGAGCUGGGGCGACCCCGACUACCCCAAACAGGUGGCCUUCUACGCCCAGCAGCGUUCCAAGAGCUUUGGUGGCCUCCCUCUCCCCCUGACCAGACUCUCCCCCAGUUUACCCGAGUCCUGCGGAGGAGUGGGCAACAACAACUCUUCGGUCACCAGCAUCGUGUCCGUCAGCGGCUCGGCUCACGCCCAGGCCCGCCGCGCCCACAGCGAGCCCACCUCAGCCGGAGAGGGUUUCCCUGGCCGUCUUCCAGCGCCGGACUCACCGCCGGCCACCGUGCGGGACUGCAUGACCUGCUUUGAGAGCAAAGUGACGGCUGCCUUGGUUCCCUGUGGCCACAACCUCUUCUGCAUGGAGUGCGCCAUCCGAAUCUGUGAGCUCAACCACCCGGAGUGCCCAGUGUGCCACACCCAGGUCACACAGGCCAUCCGAAUAUUCUCUUAAAAAAAAAAAAAAAACCACAUCAGUUUUUAUCAUUAGUUAUUUUUGUC